AGAUUUGGUGGCCCAGAAUCACACCAACAAUGACUAAGGGGGCGUCAGUAGUACACUCAAUGUUAGACACCUAAGUAAACUGUACGUGUGCUUAAGAAGGACAAGAGCUACUGAGUGUAAACGUACCACUAUGGAGGACGUGGACAAAAUAUUAAUCCUCACUCUGAAUCACCUUGGGUGUGAUAUUAGUGAAGAGGUGAAGAGUGUUGGAGGAUUUGGGAUUGAAGAGGUUGUAAAUGCAGUGGUGCAAUGCAUUAGAGCCAUCAACAGUGAUUGUGAAUUACCAACUACAUUACCACAGAAUAUGGCACAGCGCUUCAGAGUUGCUGCUUCAAUUGCACAAGCAGUGAAGGAUGUGGGAUAUCCUAGUGAUGUUGGCUACCAGUCACUGCUCUAUCCAAAUGAGACAGAUCUGAGAAAAAUAUUCAUGUUUCUGAUUGAGAAAUUGCCCAAGGACACAGCUGCUGUUUCAGAUGAGCCACUCAAUAAGGCUGCACUGAUUCACAGAGAGUCCAAAAGGAAAUUAUCUGAAGCACUCUCCCAACCUUGGAUCCCUGCUCACUGUAGACAUGUUGCUCAGAGAUAUGCUACUCAGACCUCAGUGACAAAAUAUAGUACCUACCAUACUCAUCAUUUUUUGUCAAAGCCAUAUUCACCAUUAGAUAAUCUUUCAAAAGUAUCACCAGAACUGAGAAGCUAUUUCAAGAAAUAUUCACAAAGAGUAACAAAGCUAGUGGGCUACAGUUAUCUAUUUGCUACCCUCCUCAACACUCAUGCCAUUCAGCUGCAGAGAGACAAAAUUCUACCAAUAAGUAAAGAGAAGAAAAGUUCAGAGGUUUUCAAACUUGAGCCUCUGUUCUUUGAAGAGGAUGUAAAGAUGAAGUCACUUGAUGGGCUACUGUCUGGAUCAUCUGCUUUAUCAUCUUUCAAAAUGUUCCAAAGCAUGGUAGAUAUAAAAGAUUUUGAGAGGGAGGCAAAUAUAAACAAAAAUUCACCAGCUCCAGAACUUAGUAUAAAUACUGAGGAACAGAUUUAUCUGAAACGAGAGGAACAUCUUGCUUGCCUUCAGACUGAACUAAGCAGUAUCAUAAAUAAGACUGAAGAAUGCGCACAGGACAUUCAGGAAUCUAUGUCAACACUGUCCAAGCUCACUGAAGAAUUGGCAAAAGAAGAGCAGCUAAAAGAGGAGCAAAUGGCAGAGUUAAAAAUGAAACAGAGGAUAUCCAGUCUUUUACCAGACUCAGCAGUUAAUGUACAGAAACUUCAGGUUGCACUGAAAAGCACAGAGGAGAAAAUGGUACGCCUUCAGCAGCAGUGGGAAGGUCAUAGGCAGCCACUAAGUGAACAGUUGUCUCUGCUUACCUUGGAAGUCACCAGUAAGAAGGGAAGUAAAGAUCAGAUGCUAUCAGAGAUGUCAGAAUUGCGAGAUAAAAUGAAAGCAAUGGUACAAGAUGCAUCCAGGAAGGAAACUGCUUUUGGACAACUAAAGAGCCAAGUUGAGAAGAUGAAUAAGGACAUAAAUAGAUCUGUUUACACCAAACGAAUAAUUGAUAUCAGUGCCAAAGUUCGCAAACAAAAACAGGAGAUUGAUCGUGUGUUGGCAGACACUAGGACUAUACAGAAGGAAAUAAACAUUGUGUCUGGCAAACUGGAACGAACUUUCACAGUUGUCGAGGGAACUGCUUAUAAGGAGGCAGCUAACAAUGAGCGAGUACGCCAGGUGUACCGAGCAGUGGCAGCUGUGCAUGAAGGCUGUGGGGAGCUGGUGGAUAUUGUGCGUGAUACUGGUGCUAUUCAGCGAGAAAUAGCUGAUCUAAAAGAGCAAGUUGACCUAGAGAAGAGCAAAAAGGUGGAGGAGAAUGUAGAACAGCUGAAGAUUGAUUUAAAUCAAGUGAAGAAAGAGAAUAGUAGCCUGAAGCAGCAGCUCUUGUAGAUUUUUGU